AUGCCUGAGGAAAAGAAAGAUCCUACCGUACAUUUCGUAGCAGGUGCUGUAUCAGCGCUUGUCUCCUGUGUGGGGCUACAACCUUUUGAUUUAAUUAAAACAAGAAUACAGCAACAAAAGCAAGAUCACCUCGUUAUCUUGAAAGAUGGAAAGAGAUUAAAUCCAUUAAAUAGCACGAUUGUAUCAACUAUAAAAGAGAUCACUUCCAAAAAUUCCGUGCUUGGUUUAUGGCGAGGAACAGUACCAACUAUACUUCGAAACGUUCCUGGACAAGGAUUAUAUUUCCUUACUCUAUCAGAGAUUCGACAUUUGUUUAGUCAGAGUCGUUUAAUAUCCUCUGCUAAAGUAAAAUCAGAUGACUCUGUAUCGUUACUGCCAGUAUUGUCAAAGAGGGAAAAUCUUAUUGCAGGGAUGACUGCGCGAGCUACUGUCGGUUUCAUCAUGAUGCCAAUCACAGUCAUUAAAGUUAGAUAUGAGAGUAAUAUCUAUAAUUAUAAGAGUAUCUGGGAUGCACUAAUAUCAAUUGUGCGAUUAUUCGCUGGAUAUGGUGCGACCGCAAUAAGAGACGCCCCACAAGCAGGGUUGUAUAUUCUAUUUUAUGAGAAUGCAAAGUCAAAGAUUGGAGAAUGGAAGACGGCCAAUUCGUACUCUAUAGCAUCGCCCGUAAUACACAUGUCAUCCGCAAUAUUCGCCAGUGUUGCAGCAACAGUCACUACUCAACCAUUUGACAUGUUAAAGACGCGAAUGCAGUUGAAACCGUCCAAAUACUCUAAUACCUGGCAAUCGGCACGUUUAGUGUUUAAGGAAGAAGGAAUCAUAGGCUUCUUUGACGAAGAUGCAAAAGAACCCUUGCCCGGUGAUAUCUUAAACGACCGAAGACGAUCUCGAAGAUUGAGCAAUAUAAAUAAUCAUGGCAUUGCGACAUCCGAUGUCAGCUCACCAAAUCCACGACCAAUAGAUUCUACGACAACACCAUCAGUACCGCUAGCAGCCGAUCAACUGUAUCCAAAUGAACAUUCUCGAGAGAACGAACCAAGUGCCUACCCAAAAAAAGAGGACCUGCUACGAACGGAACAGAUUUUUCAUUUACAACCUUACUAUCAAGCUACUUCAGAGGGGACAAGGAAAAAACCUAAAAGACCCAUAAUUCGCCCCAUUACGUCUAAUGCAAGUGCUCCCAAUUUGUUUGAAGGCAUUGGAAAGACUCCCAGCGAAUAUGUCAAGGGGAUUCCUCAAAAACAAAGGUCCUUUGUUUCUCCACAACAAGUAUUACGUCAACCACCGCGAACUCCAAAAGACGACCGUCACGUUCGUGCCAAGGAAAAUAGCGAUGAUGACGACUUUGACGAUAUUCGCGGUCAAGAUUUCUUACGCUACGAACAUCAUGAACAAGUUAACCUUCUCUCUUCUGCGCUCGAAAAGACCAGAAACAGACUUAAAGCAAAGGUUGAAGAGUCCCGGACGUUAAAAAGGGAAACAGAUGAAAAGUGCAGGCAAUAUGAAGAACAGAUUCAAGAAACACAAAAGCGAAAUGAAGAGCUUAGGAAAGAGAAAGAACAGUUAAACAGUAGUUAUGCGGAAGCGUGUCGGGAGAAGGAAGAACUAUAUCGGCAAUUGAACAGAGCUAAUGAAGAAAAAGAGGCUGCAAAGCACGAGGCUGAUAAAUUGAUAUUACAGCAGAGGACUAAUAAUGAUAAUGUUGAAGCAGAGGUCCGGACAUUGCGCAAAGAAAUGCAAAAGCUGAAAGAAGAAGCUUCAGCUUAUCAAUCGGCUCUUGGUUCGGCAACCAACAUCCGAUGGAGCGAUGACGACUCUAACAAUUCAGUCCAACUUACCAAGGCGAUCAACGAUCUCCAUCACCUUCUUAGCGACUUUUGUAAAGUCAAAGGUGCUAACGUGAAAAUCAACGAGGAAGCAGCCGCAGAUCUACUACAUCGAUAUAAAUGCAACACAAAGAUAACAGAUAAACGACCAAAACCUGUUCUGAGUGCUUGUCUUCAACGACUAGUUUUAGAAACGAUAUUCUCACAUAUAGAUACUUUUAUAGAUGGUAGUCUUGGAAUAGUUAUUAAUGGACGCCAAAUACCGGAUGAAAAUCUCGAGGCAUCAAUUAUAAGCACGACAAGUCAACUCGUUUCUUUAGUUGGUCAGUUCUCUUCGUCUCGCAAAGGCAGUGAUCAAUUAACGUCUAUCACUCCAAUAAAAAUACGGCAACAAAUCUAUGCUGUUCUAGGCUCGCGAGCAUUUGUAAACUCGUCCCACCCCUUCAUUAAGAACUUGACCAACGACCUCCUCGCAACUAUGUCGCGAUAUCGUGUUCUUACUCUCGAAGGCAGAAAAAAAGAAGAAGCUAUGAUGGAAGUACAGGAUCUAAUUCAGCAGGCGGUACAUCUAUACUUUGGAUUCCACGCACAGGAGCCGGUACCAGAAUUUAAGUUUUUCUUUGAGAGUGGAGAAAAAUUGACACCGAGUACGAUGGCCGGGCCGUGGAAUGAAGAAGAAGUCGAAAAUUUAGAAGUGGAGAUAUGUUCAUUCCCUUUUGUAAGGAUAGCCGAUACGAAUAGAGUGCUGAGCAAGGCCCAAGUGAUACCGAGAGGAAAAAACGGAAUGAAUGAAAUAGAUGAGGAGACGUAUAAAGGUAGUUUUUUUUGA